AUGGAUGCGGAUCGUGGUGCCUCGGAGUCCCAUGGAAGUGAUCAUGAUGCUGAAGAGGAUGCCAGGGUGGCUAUAGCUCAAGUCCACCGAGUGACCGUUGGCAACAAUGCCUGGUACCCAGACAUCCAAACUGCUGACAAUCGUGUCUUCUUCAAGAUUGACAAGCAUGAUCGGGAGCUCACCAAAAUUACCCUUGGAAAGGGUGUCAACCGACACAAGAACAAGGGUGAGAUCAGAACACUGAGCAAGUUGCAAUGGUGGGCAGACAUGCAUGCCUUGAGGAAACAAGCCUGCGACUCAGCCAUUCAUGAUGUGUUGCGGGCUGCCAUGACGGAGAAUGGAGACGAAGUGCCUGCCAACUUUCGGUUUCGAGACGCCAGGGAUGAUGACAAGUGGCUUGUCCGUAAAGAGGUAGUGGAGCUUCAUUGUCCAGCCCUGGAGGACUAUCCAGCCACGGUCAUCAUGGCUUUGUGGCAGAUUCGUGGUCCGCUCUUUCUGGAGCUCACAGAGGAGUGCGUCAAGUACUGUGUGGCUGCCAUCAGGCAGUCACCAGAUGCUGUGCCAUGUUCUCCCAAGCGGAAACGCAAGAAGAAGCUUCGCCGCAGUGCCAGCACUCCACGAAAAGCGGAACAUGGACCGGCACGUCCCAUGGAAUCCGAGCCUGCAGCACCAUGGCAGAAAUUGCUGGGCGAAGUCCAGGGCCUUCAUGACUUUGUGGAAGCGCAGAAGACGAUCAUGGACAAGCCAAACCUCGAGAAGCUGAUGCAGGCACACGUGGACCAGAUCUCUGCCCGGUCUUCUGUGAGCUGCUCAGCCGAGGACGCCAAAUUGUUCACCUCCCUGGUGAGCAAGGGCCCAUGGACUGAGGCUCAGAAGCAGCGGCUGGCCGAAUGGUGCAGCAAAAUGCUGCUGGAGAGCAGCCCAACGGCCAGAAAGGGCAACAGCCGCCGGCCGGGCCAAGUAGCCACCAGCUUUGCCCAAUACUUCAGUGGCAAGGACGUGGACAUCCUGGGUAGUGAUGCCACCCUGGCAUUGAAGGUGGAUUGCAUCACCACACGCAUGAAGAGGGUAGGCCUGCAUUUGCCCACCGAACAGAGCUGGAGACCAAUCAUGCAAGCAGCCCAGGUCGCAGGCAUGGAUGUGGGCAACGAGAAGAAUCAAGUGGAUCUCAUCAAAGACUUGAAGGCGGCCCUGCACAAGAAGAAGGACCUUGUUGAAACCCACUUGGUUGAGUUCCCUUCACGACCUCAAGAGCUUGCAUGGUUUGCUGCAGCAUAUGAUGAGGCUGAACAGCUCUUACCCAUUGGCAACAUUGCAAGCCAACUGCACAGUUGA